CCCUCCUUCUUCCCGCCUUCCGCCGCUCCUCCCCAGUAGCCCGUUAUAGUGCGUGAGGGGGCGGGAACAGCGGCGACUUGGCCGGGGAACGAGGAGAGAGGCGAAAGAAGCGGAGGAGUCCCGGACCGGUCAGCUGCGCGCAACAGAUCCUUGAUUCCUAGCUGAAUUACUACCCUUUGGCUCAAGAUGCCAGCCGCGAUUGGAGGCCCUGUGGGAUACACACCACCAGAAGGGGGCUGGGGCUGGGCUGUAGUUGUCGGUGCCUUUAUCUCAAUUGGCUUUUCCUAUGCAUUUCCUAAAUCCAUCACAGUAUUCUUCAAAGAAAUAGAGCAAAUUUUUAACGCAUCUAGCAGCAAAGUGUCCUGGAUCUCUUCCAUUAUGCUUGCAGUAAUGUACGGAGGAGGUCCCAUUAGCAGCAUCCUAGUGAAUAAAUAUGGCAGUCGUCCAGUAAUGAUCGCAGGCGGCUGUCUGUCAGGAUGCGGUUUGAUUGCCGCUUCCUUCUGUAAUACCGUGGAAGAGCUUUACUUCUGUGUUGGAGUUGUGGGAGGUCUUGGACUUGCAUUUAAUUUAAACCCGGCCUUGACUAUGAUUGGCAAGUACUUCUACAAGAGGCGCCCACUGGCUAAUGGACUGGCGAUGGCUGGCAGCCCUGUAUUUUUAUCUACAUUGGCUCCCUUGAAUCAAAAGUUUUACAGCAUUUUUGGGUGGAGAGGGAGCUUCUUAAUUCUUGGGGGCCUUUUGUUAAAUUGCUGUGUUGCUGGGUCCCUGAUGAGACCAAUAGGGCCCAAACCAGGCCAGCAGCAGAACGAAGUUAAUAAAGAAGUGCUGCAGGAGGCUGGUAAAUCUGGGGGAAAAGAAGAAGGCGCAGGAGAUGUCAACACAGACCUUCUUGCUGUGAAGACAAAAAAACAGAAAACCACCAUUUUCCAGACUGUGAACAAGUUCUUGGAUUUGUCUCUCUUCACGCACCGUGGAUUCUUGCUGUAUCUUUUCGGCAAUGUGGUCAUGUUUUUUGGAUUGUUUACCCCAUUAGUCUUCCUAAGUAAUUAUGGGAAGAGUAUGCAUUUCUCUAACGAGUCUUCUGCCUUUUUGCUGUCCAUUCUGGCCUUUGUAGAUAUGGUUGCCAGGCCAUCCAUGGGCUUGGUAGCAAACACCAAAUGGGUGAGGCCCAGGGUGCAGUAUUUUUUUGCGGUGUCUGUGAUCUACAAUGGUUUGUGCCACCUUUUGGCUCCUUUAUCUACAACCUACGCUGGAUUUUGCAUCUAUGCUGGCUUCUUUGGAUUUGCCUUUGGCUGGUUGAGCUCUGUCUUGUUUGAGACACUGAUGGAUCUAGUUGGGACUCAGCGGUUCUCCAGUGCUGUCGGUUUAGUGACUAUUGUGGAAUGUUGCCCUGUGCUUUUGGGCCCACCUCUCCUAGGUCAGUUGAACGACAUGUAUCAUGACUACAAAUAUACCUACUGGGCCUGCGGCAUCAUCCUGAUAAUCUCUGGGAUCUUCCUGUUCAUUGGGAUGGGCAUCAACUAUCGACUUUUGGCUAAAGAGGCGAAGACCGAGGCCAAGCAAAAGGCUGAAGGGAAAGAAGAGGAAACCAGUAUUGACGAGGCUGAAAAACAAAAAGAGCCAAGCAAUGACGUGGCCAACCUGCCUCAGAAAACCACAGAAGAUGGUAUAAAAGAGGAGGAGAGCCACAUGUGAAGGACUGGUAUUUCAAGUCCAAUAAGACAGGAUAAAAUAUUAUCAACCUGAUAUGUUAUAUUUGGAUGGGGGAACACUACUGAUUGUGAGCAGUGGUGAGAAGGGUAAAAAUCAUUUUUUUAAAAAACAAAGCUACAAAUUGUGUGUAUCAGCAUUUGACAGGAGUGAACAGAGCUCAGUGGGCAGUGCCAUCUUUUUAUUGGGCUGGGUGGGAAGGGAGGGGAAUUUUUAUACUCUAGCUUUUUAAACUGUAAUGUGAACGUACUAAUACGUGCCUUAGAGCUUCCACAUUUAGGCUAUUUUGGCAAAGCCUUAACUCCAGCCUACAAAGUGUUCUCUUUGAAGGUUUAUAGUCUGCCCAGGCCAUCUCCAUUAAGUCUAUCUGGCUUCUUUUAUUCAGUAGGCUCUCGAGGUUGGGUGUUAAAUGAACACCAUUUCAAAAUUUUCCAGAACACAUUGCUGCCAGAAUCGUGGCAGAAUCGGAUGUGGUGUGUGUGUGUGUGUUUGUGUGUGUGUGUGUAGCGCGGUGGGGAGAGACUGGUGGGUGUUGAUGAAACAGCUUUUCAGUUCUGACAUUUCUGGAUGACAGGGUCAAGCUGGCUGCAAUGCGUGGCUAGCAUCUUUUGAAAAUAAUUUCUAAUACAGGAUUUCUAAAUCUCUUCCUGAUUAAAUCUGAGGUCUGAGGAACUGGGUAAAAUACGUGCUGUUGUCACUUAACUUAUUAUGUAGUCAAACCUACUUUUUAAACAACGUUAUGCCUCUGGCUGCCAUUGGCUGAGUAAGUUUGUCUUGACAGAAUAAUACAAAAUGAAAUGACUUUUAGUGCAAGACAGUGAGCUGAUUCUGAAGAGCUUGCCUUAAUUGUCAAGAUUUUAACCUUUUAACAAUCUCUCAGAAUGAUUCUGUGCCUAAAUUAGCCAGGUCCAUUAGAAAGCAAAUCCCAGUGAAAUUGUAGUGUCUCACUUCCAAGUACAUGUCUUUAGGAUCAGACUUGUCCUCUUCAUCAAUGCCACUCUUACUGCUAUUUCGCUGCUCUCCAACUCUGCUGCUUUCAGUUCUGAUGCUAAUUACUACCUAAGCAAAAUUCUGAUAUUCCGCUCUGUGCUCUCGAAUGCUAGCUAACAGAGCAGAUACUGCUAAGAUAUCAAUAUCCUUGACUUCAUUCUGGAUAUGAUUUUGCAUUAAUAACAUCUGAUCUUGUUCUAAUUAGUGGGAAAAAUAGCUUGUUGAGGAUCAGUUUAUAUUUCCCUCUGGACCGCCCAGAUGGAGGCAUCACUACUUGUUCCCAGCCUAUUUAUUCAUGAUAGGCUUAAGAAUAUGAAAUGAUACUUAACUGCUCAGAUGCAAGACAUUUGUCUGAAAAAAGAUGGGAAAAUCCUGUGUGUAUGUCGUGAAAAUCAAAAUUUACAUGCAAGAGUAAGAGAGCAGUUUCCCUGCCACAACCAAUUUUACUAAAAGUUAAUCAGUGACAUUCACUACUUUUUCAAAUAAAUUAUUUUGGACAAUUCUGCCCUCCCCCAACACUUUCUGCACCUGUUUCUGUUGUAUUUAACCUCCCUUUUGCCACAUUCCAAGAUGUGUGUGUGCAUUAUUACUUUCUGUGUCUGCUUGUGAGGAUUAAAAUAAAAGUCACCCCUUUUUUCCAAAGUAAGUUUAAUUUCAUUAAGGUGUGUUGCCAUGAGUCACUCAGUCCUAUGAGAGCUAGUUAGCUGUAGGGGAAUAAUUUGCAGAAACACAAUUUCAGGUCUUCUCUUGGAAGGUAGCAGAUGCUCACUUCAUAAUGUGCCUGCUGAAGAGAAUAAUGUUAUGUUGAUCUCAUACUUAAAAAAAACCUGUAUCACAUUCAAACACCGUGAGACUGGAACUAAAUACCUGGGAUUCUUAGCUAGCAUCACACAAAUAUGGACCUGUCUCCUCAUCUGGUAACCUCCUGUAGCACCAAACGUAUGAUGUGGUAACCCUGUGCUUCUAGCUGCUGUGUCUGCAGUAUUUCCCCCCCUCUUUUUCUCUACAGUUUUUACUGUACUAUAAUAAAAUGUGAUGGAAUGAAUAGUUGGUUCAUUACUGUGGGCCAGUUUCAUUGGCUGCAGGUUGAAAGUGCUGAGACACGCACUGUUUGGUGGUAUCUCAUUGCAUGUUUUGUAUUGCUAGUUGUUGCCAGAUGAAAGGAGGAAGAAGAGACAUAGGUCUGUUGUGUUUGAGGGCAGCCACAUAUCCUCUGCAAAUGUGAAGGUCUAGUCUCAGUGUUGAAGCAAGUAGUAUGUUGCUGUGCUUCAUUUGUCGUCUUUAGGAUGCUGAGAAACUAAAACUCAAUCUUGUACUCUUUUUGAGUAGCUCUUUUGUGGAAUGGGGAGACUCUGGCCUGAUAGGAACCAAAUUAUUUGUUGGUCUCUUGUAACUUAUCUUCCUGUAAACUGCUGUUUCUUUCCAGACAGUGACAGCUGAAACACUAACAGGUAGUUCUAAUGUUGUUGUUGCUGUUUCCUUCGCCCUGAUCAGAGAAGACUGCUUCAGGACAAUAUCCAAUAACAUUCAUAUCAUCUCUGUAGUAAUGUUAGAUGACUUCCCCUGUGUAGUUUAAGUUUAGCAUUGUAUAAUUCACCAGAAAUAUAGGAUGUUUCCUUGUAGGGAACCAUUUUCUUCCUAGGGGCAGGAUUGCUGUCGUGCAAGAAUUUCUAACACCUGUAUUUGCAGUCCUGUCUGCAAUUAGCAAAGCCAGUGCUGAUCUAUGAUGGGCUUCAGUUUCAGCAGUGGCAGGUUGGAGGACCCUCAUAGGCUUCUCAGUAAUAGCACUGUCUUGUGAAUGUCAUCUUGUGAGGAGAUGCUGCAGAUUAUCUCUAAAAUCUUACUUUGGUAAAGGGAUUGUGUUACGGAAUCCAUAUAAGCAAACAAGUUUUAGAAGAAUGAGUGACAUAAGUGCAGUUGUGGGCUUUCUCCCAGACAGGCCUUUAUGCUAGGUGGUUUGUGUUUUAUUAUGAGUGUUGAAGUGAACUGGAGUACUUUGUUUAUCCUUUAGAAUUAAUAAAUCAAACUGUUUUAAACUCUUCAGUGUUUGCAAGAAGGUCCAUGCAGACAUAUAGUUAAAUACUAAUUCCCCACCAUAAUUCCCAUCUGUUAAAGGAUAGAACUUUGAUAAGAAGUUUUACCUUCUGACCUGCCUCCACUGUGUGUCGUGGAAAUUUUUCAUUCAGAGAACUGACAUUCCCAUAAAAUACUUGCCUUGUUAAAGCUCAUACUGAGAAGAGAAUGUUUUUAAUAUUGCAGAGUCCCUGUAUGCUUAGAAAACUAUGCAAAUAGUAGUGUUGGUAAAUGGUCCAAAAUGGUUAGUAUGAAUUUAGCUGAACAAAUAAGAUUUUAUUUUUUCCAUCCAAAUAUAUAGAUUUUGACAAGUGACCUUCCCUUUGUAAAAAGUUUCUGAAAACCCCUUAACAGUAUUACCCAAUGCACUGUGAAGUACACUAUUCUGUUGUCUUGGCUGAUGCAGUUAGUUACUUUUUAUUUUGUAAUUGCAUUCUGCUCUAAAAUUGUGUAAAAGGACAGGUCAGGAUAUUUUCAUACUUUAGAAUGUGUUUAUAAAGCCAAUAGACUAUUUUGUAUAAACAGAUUUUAUUGUACUGUAUUGAACUGUGAUGUUGUCAAACCAGUUUAUUAUGUUGAAAGUUUCACUUGUCAGGAGUUCAUAGCAACUGGUCCACAUGCAAUAAACUAACCAUUAAAACUG